CCAGUCUCCUCGUGUGGUCUCGCGGAGUCGGGUUUCCGUCCGGGAGCGGCGCCGUGUGGUGGAGGAAGGUGUCCCGGGACCGUCGGGAUCAGGCUCAGCAGAGGAGGAGUGUCCAUAAGGAGAGUUUCACCUUCUUGAAGAUUAAAGCCUAGCAGUUCUGAGCUAUUCCCAGUCCAAAUGUCUGCAAAAUUGAGAGAGACAUCAAAACUCCUUACACAAACUUCAGGAGACCCUGACUGCAUUCUGGUAAUGAAGGUGGAAGAGGGAGGGCAGGCCUGUAAUAUGGUCUCCAGCCGCCACUGGAGCAGCUACUACAGCUCAGAGACCUACCGCCAGCGGUUCAGGCAGUUUGACUACCAGGAGUCACCUGGGCCCCGGGAGGCUCUGAGCCGGCUCCGCGAGCUUUGCUGUCAGUGGCUGAGGCCAGAGGUGCACAGCAAGGAGCAGAUCCUGGAGCUGCUGGUGCUGGAGCAGUUCCUGGCCAUGUUGCCUGAGGAGCUGCAGGCUUGGUUUCAAGAGAACCGACCAGAGAGUGGAGAGGAAGCCGUGGUGAUGCUGGAGGAGCUGGAGAAAGAACAUGACAGGGCGGCUGAACAGGUCUUUCUUGGACGAAAUGAGGACAUGCUUGCAAAGAAGCUACCAACUUGUGAAAUCACUCAGGAGACACCACGUAGCCAGCUUAAGCCCACAAAAAAGCAACUGCAGUGGGCAUCGAAGGAGCUUCACACCUUAAGACAAAAUGAUAGAGACACCGGAACUAUAAAUGUGAAAUCAGCUUCAAGGCGAAAGACUUCUUCAGGCAAAGAACUGCAUUACAAAGUUUCUAACACUCUUCAGAUGAAUGCUUCCCAGAGUUUCACAUUUAGAGGAACCUGUGAACAAGAUAGAAAGUUUGAAAGAAGACAGGGAAACCGUCCUCGAAAAAAACAACACAAGUGUGAUGAAUGUGGGAAAGUCUUUAGUCAGAGCUCAGCCCUUAAUCUACAUCAGAGGAUCCACAGUGGAGAGAAACCUUAUACAUGUGACGUGUGUGCAAAGGCUUUCAGCCGAAGUGCAAUCCUGAUUCAACAUCGAAGAACCCACACUGGGGAGAAACCCUUCAAAUGUCAUGAAUGUGGGAAAGCCUUUAGUCAGAGCUCGAAUCUUUUCAGACAUAGGAAAAAACAUGCUGGAGAAAAAGUCCCAUCAGUGCUGUGAGGGAGUCAAAGCAUUUACUGAGAACUUUUUCAACGGGGGAGCAGACACAAGGCACCAAUACUCCUUUAGUAUAAAUCGGUAGUUUCAGUGGGCACCAAUUUCCUUUCAAAGGUUGUAAAAGCCACAGGAGAGAAUGUAGAAUAUUUUCUGUCAGCACUGUUUGCUUUUCUGCUUUUCAGUACAGUGUCAGUUCAGAUGAUUGAGAUUCUAAAGCUUAAAUUGGAUUUCCAUCCCUAGUGCAACUCUUGAAAAGAUACUCUCAGACAUGUUCUACUGUUUCCAU